CCCUGCCCAGGCUGGCAUCAGCACAGUUCACACACAGUUCGCCUUGCACCUGACAGGCCUCGGGAUCACAGGGAAAGCCAUGGAGACUUCGGGAUUCUCCUCCCAGACUCAAGACCACAGUCGAGUUCACAAAGAAACAGAUGAUCUUGACCAUGCAGAGACAGAUUUCCACAAGCAAGACGGGGAGGCCGGAGUCUUUUCUCAAGAACGAAAUGAGAGAGACAAGCCUUUCUCCUCUACCUCCUCCUCCUCUUCAUCCUCAUCCUCAUCCUCCUCCUCUUCCUCCUCCUCCUCUACCUCAGAGAACAGUGAUGAGGACCAGCACCCCAGAGAAACCAGAAAAAGUCGGCAGAGCCAGGGGACUGGAUACCCUCACAGGGGCUGCUCACCCGGUGCUGAGCAUGGGGACCCUGACAUUUCAAAGGAUGAGCUUCAACUCUAUGGAGGUAUCCCUGGAGAAGUGGUACCUUCUGGAGAAUCAAGACUCCGAAAGAGAGGCUCAGACCCAGCAAGUGGAGAAGUGGAGGCCUCUGAGUUAAGAAGACUGAAGAUAAAGAAAGAUGAUGAGUUUUUCCACUUCGUCCUCCUCUGCUUUGCCAUCGGGGCCUUGCUGGUGUGUUAUCACUAUUACGCAGACUGGUUCAUGUCCCUUGGGGUCGGCCUACUCACCUUUGCCUCCCUGGAGACCGUUGGCAUCUAUUUCGGUCUGGUGUACCGGAUCCACAGUGUCCUGCAAGGCUUCAUCCCCCUGUUUCAGAAGCUCAGGCUGAUGGGAUUCAGGAGGACCGACUGAGGCCAGUACCAGGCAGGCAGCCAAGCCAGGCUCCAGGGUGACUGCCACUACAUCUUCUGAGCAUGGAGCAACAUCCUGGGAGACACAUGGCAGACCAGGCUAGAGCAAUAAAGAGAGCACUUUUCCUUCUUCGUGGUCUGCACAUUGGCACUAGCCCGGGCCAAGAUGUCGUUUGGGCAAUGUCGGCAUGCAAUCCAGCUGCCAGGAUGGAAGGCAGAGGGAGAGUGCUGGGACUGAGCCCUCCGUGGUACCUGGAACAACAAGAAGAUUCUGCGACGUCGCUGCUCUCAGGAGACAGUAGGAGAUCCCUGGGCCCUGAAAGCUGUAUGUCACAUGUCUGGGCUCUUGGUUUCCCUCAAAUCCCCGGGCUGUCUUGGUGUGCUCUCAGGUCCUACCGAGCCAUCCCAGGACAGACUAACAGUCCACUUCCCUGAGGCAGGGAACCACUAUGUCGCCACUGCCCCCCUAACCCCUGUGAAGCUGAUGUAGGUGAGAUGUUGGGCACUAAAGCCACAGCAUCUGGGCUCAAUCACCUGUGCCAUCACUAGUCCCAGCCCUG